UUUCAUUUUCCUUUUCGACGAACGAGGCGUUCGUUCGAUCGUUUAGUCACGUCACCUUUUUAUCCGUGUAAUGUCUGAAUUUUGCAUCACACAUGCUUAGGGGUAACCGAAAUAAGAAAAAAUCCAAGAAUCCCCGCACCAGAAGAAAAGUCCGAGCAAUAAAGGCGAUAAAUGUGAAUUAGAAAGUGUGAACUGAAGUCGCGAGGUGUACGGUUCGUCCGGUUCAAUCUGGUUUUUAGCAGUUUGAAUCGCGAGUUGGGCCCUUUCCCCGCAUAUUCCUUUAUUUAGAAGUUUAUUUGUGUGUAAUAGAGACUUAUUUGAAAUUAUCUUACGUGUUUUUGUGGUGAAUUAGUUCUAAUUAAAUCCAAACAAAAUGUCUGAGGAGUCGUCAGCAGAUCGAAAUGUCGAAAUUUGGAAGAUCAAGAAACUCAUCAAAAGCCUCGAAAUGGCGCGAGGCAAUGGCACAUCCAUGAUCUCACUGAUCAUUCCACCGAAGGAUCAGAUCUCGCGCGUGUCCAAGAUGUUGGCCGACGAGUUUGGCACCGCGUCCAACAUCAAGUCGCGAGUCAACCGGCUCUCUGUGCUCGGCGCCAUCACAUCUGUGCAGCACCGACUGAAACUGUACACGAAAGUGCCACCAAACGGCCUCGUGAUCUACUGCGGCACCAUCGUCACCGAGGAAGGCAAAGAAAAGAAGGUCAACAUAGACUUCGAGCCGUUCAAGCCCAUCAACACCUCUCUCUAUUUGUGCGACAAUAAGUUCCACACCGAAGCGUUGACUGCCCUUCUGGCUGAUGACAACAAGUUUGGUUUCAUCGUCAUGGAUGGUAACGGAGCCCUGUUUGGUACGCUACAAGGAAACACUAGAGAGGUCCUCCACAAGUUUACCGUCGAUCUGCCCAAGAAGCACGGUCGCGGUGGGCAGUCCGCUUUGCGUUUCGCCCGUCUCCGUAUGGAGAAACGUCACAACUACGUACGGAAAGUGGCCGAAGUGGCCACUCAGCUGUUCAUCAGUGCUGAUAGACCAAACGUAGCCGGGUUGAUCCUUGCUGGUUCCGCUGACUUCAAGACUGAGCUCUCGCAGUCCGAUAUGUUUGAUCCGCGUUUGCAAGCCAAGAUCAUAAAAUUGGUGGAUGUUUCCUACGGUGGAGAGAACGGAUUCAAUCAGGCCAUUGAGCUGGCAGCCGAGUCUUUGCAAAACGUCAAGUUCAUACAGGAAAAGAAGCUCAUCGGACGAUACUUUGAUGAGAUCUCGCAGGACACGGGUAAAUACUGCUUCGGUGUGGACGAUACGUUGAGAGCCCUCGAGCUGGGUGCCGUUGAAACGCUCAUAUGCUGGGAGAACCUUGAUAUACAGAGAUAUGUGCUGAAAUCUCACGCUACCAACCAGGAGACCAUCCUGCAUCUCACCCCCGAGCAAGAGAAGGACAAGUCACAUUUCACUGAUAAAGAGAGUGGCGUAGAAUUGGAGCUGGUUGAAUGCCAGCCCCUACUCGAGUGGCUCGCAAACAACUACAAGUCGUUCGGGGCCACGCUCGAGAUCAUCACCGACAAGAGCCAGGAGGGCAGCCAGUUUGUGAGAGGAUUCGGAGGGAUAGGCGGUUGUCUCCGCUACAAGGUCGACUUCCAGUCGAUGCAACUCGACGACGAGGAGAUCGACAACCUCUACGACAUCGACGACUAUUAAACACGCUGCCUUGGACCACCGAACAGCCAGCUUGUCCAAUCCGUAGACAAUAGAGAAUGGAUUGAGCGUUUCCUGUCCAGAUUUAAAGCAAAGUUGGGCCGACAGCGUGCUGCGUUUCCAACUUAACACAUUCACUGCGAACGUAAACUUUUUAUGUCAGCGGUCGUCCGCCAUAACCCUUUGCGCGAACCAAAAUCGAAUUCAUUACAUUUGCGAGUAAGAAAAAUCUCUGUAAAUAAUAAAACAGGGACAAAAAACAGCCCUUGCUGAGUUUCUUGCCGGUUCUUCUCAGUACAAGGACUCCCGCCGUAGAUUUACGAACCGAUGGCGUAGCUUCUAGACAUUCAUGAGUGCUUGUAACAGCUAAAACUGAAUAAAUGAUUUUGAUUAUGAUUAUUAUGAUUUGUCGAAAUAUAUAUGGUAAUUUGAACAGCAACGCCACAACGGACGUAACGAGAACUGGAAAUCAGUACACAUUUGACGUUUAUCUAGAUCUAAUUCAUCUAUUCGAAUUGUGUGGCUGAAGUGGCUGCUUUCUUUACGCAGUGAACGUGUUUAAGAAAUUGACCAAUGGCAUUGCUCGAAAUAAACAUAAUGGAAGUGCUAUUGGUCAAUUACUUUAAGAGUGCUUCAGUCUGCUUCUUUGGAAACGCAACGAACGAAGAGAUCGUACGCCCAAUACUUCGUAUAGGUUUUGUUUAUAGCAUUUUCUCCUACUAGAAAGUUUUCAUUUAUAUUCGUUCAGUCCAUUCUCUAUUAUCUAGGGUCUAGUCAGACACGACGGUGGUUCCGGUUGCGCGAACCGGUAUUCCGAAAAAAGACAACCGAUUCUUGAAACCGGUAAUUCGAUUGCUGACACCGGUAAUCGGAAACCCGGAACCGGUUUAUCGAAUCGAUAAAAAACCGGUUUUCGUGUUGGUCACCUAAUACCGGUCGACCCUCCUGGACAAGCUGUCUGAAGCAUGGCACACUGAAUACAUAGUUAUAUUGUUAUUUCUAACGUUUGAACAUUCAAUGUAACAAAAAAGUGGCUCUUUGCAAUGAUAUUUAAGCAAACUAAAAUAUUACCCUAACUCUAGAAACCGAAAGUCGUAAUGAAUAUAGUAAACUUGCGAAUAGCGACGACCAUAGACAAGGGCGCCUGCGCAGUAGUUUUUCAUACAAAGACGUCAAAUUCGCAACUUUUUUUGUCUAUGGAUUUCCCCAAGAAGUUUGCCGCUGCCUUAUAACAUAGUAACAUUAAAAAGGGAAUUUUCACUAAAUAGGGUAUAUAUUUUUUUUAAUAUUUGCCAUAUCAUUAAUUCAUAUGAACGUAUUGAGACUGUUAAUUUGUGCACAAAAACUGUAUUUAGUGUGCCACAGCUUUAUCGUCAUGUUUUUACCGCGCCAAGUCGAAUUAGUUAAUUUAUGUUAUCGCGUUAAUGUUGCGGGCAUUGGAUGCAAUAACGAUACCAUUCGGAUGUUGGUAUAUUAAAACUGUACUUUUGAAAAUUAUCAGUGCCUUUAAUUAUUAGCAAUUCAACAUGGAAGGAUAAGGGAAAAGAGUGUAUGAUGGGUUUGAACGAUCUUCACAUGAAGCGCAAUUCCAAAUAUUUAUAAUAGGGUUAUUUAAUUCCAACAAUUGUACUGAUACUGAUUUAUGUUUGUCUUAACUUUUGGUUUGGCAUAUUUGACGCAUGUCAUCCCGUACAGGCCGAUCAUUCCCGUAGAGAUAUAAGAAUAGAGUGAGGAAGGCGGCUCUAAAAGUGUCCGUCUAGUAGAAAGAGAAAGAAGAUUAGAGACCGCUAGCUAUCUCUCUCUCUUGUGACGCAUGGCAUCCGAUGGCAUCACAUCGAAAUAGUACGAUGCUUACGGUUGCCAAUGCGCAUGCGCGAUUAGAGAGAGAAAGAUAGCUGUCUCUCAUCUUCUUUCUCUUUCCAUUAGAGGGACACUGCCACUUGUAGUAGACUCUAUAUUUCCCCUACUCUAUUCUUAUACCUCUAUGCUCGUCACUCCCUGUGUCAAAUGGGAUUUCACUUACGAAAAGAUAGUUUUUUUGUGUUAAUUCCCAUUCGCCACAGGGGAUUUCUAUUUAGGAAAAUUUCCACUCGUCACCGUAGGGGACAAAGCUGGGGCUGACGAGCGGGAAUAACCGGCAUAGGCUGACAUGACGUCACAGGAGCCUUAUUUAUUCCUUUAUCCUUCGUAUUUGAAUAUAGAAAGGGACCAGCAGUUUUUGAUUAUGCGUCUCACUCACUCGUAUACUCAAUCAAAAUGAACGUUUUAGUAAUAAAAAAUUUGUUUCAAUGAAUUCACUCUCCAACACACAGUGGUCUCCUGUGCUAGUGUUGCGAUGGAAACAAUUGUAUUGUAAACAUUACAACCCUUUUAUUUUUAAAUGAAAUUAUACCAAGUUAAAAAGUGUU